GUGUGUGUGUGUGUGUGUGUGUGUGUGAAUAUGAUAAAAUGUCAGACAAAUUUGGCUGAGUAGAAAUAGUGGUGGUACAAGAAUCAUCCAUAUCAUCUUCUGAUAGAAACGUAGGGAGGGAGCCAUGGAAGGCCCUAAGCCAAUGAGAUCGAUUGGGUAAGACCUAAAGGAGCCGAGAUGCAAGGGAAGCCAUUUGAAGGAGAAGACAUUGGGGCUCCUGGUUGAGGAGCUGGAGAGCGAGCCAGAUGUCCAGCAUGGCGUAGCCGGAACUGGCGAUUUCAGGCGAAGCCGCCGUGUCCGCGCCGAUGAGAGUGCGAGUGAAGAAGCUGAAGAUGAACGGUUGUAUCGGGACGAGGCAGCAUGGCGUAGCCGGACUUGGCCGAGGUCGGCGGCGGUGGCUGCCGCGAUGGGCAAGAAGGCCGAGGAGGAUCAGUUAAUGAUGACAUGGCAAACAUUAUAGUUGCUCAGCUUCUCUAUCUCGAUGCUGUUGAUCCUAACAAGGAUAUUGUCAUGUAUGUGAACUCUCCAGGAGGAUCAGUUACAGCUGGUAUGGCCAUAUUUGACACCAUGAGGCAUAUAAGACCUGAUGUUUCCACUGUAUGCGUCGGACUAGCUGCUAGCAUGGGAGCUUUCUUACUUAGCUCCGUGGGCGAUGUAGAGAGAGAGACCCAGCUAGAGAGUUGCAGGCUGUUUGUGUAUGUUGCAGAGAGAGAAGAGGGAGAUGGGUUGUUGUUGUUGUUGGUAGAGAGAGAAAGCUGGGUUGUUGUUGUUGCUGGGUUGUUGUUGAUUAUUGUCCUUAGAAACCCCAAGUGAGGUAUACGGGGCAGAGGUGUAAGAACAGAAUUUUGGAGCAGAACAGGGCUCUUAGGAGUUGGUUACCUUUGGAGUCUCAAUUUCCGGCGGGUAGAGAGAGAAGAAUGAGGAAGAGAACGGUGCUGCUGCGGCUGCCGUUGCCGACUUGGACGACGCCGAUGGAGGUGAUGAUUUUACAGAGUGAGGUUGCAGAGACCAAGGUGAAAGGAGAGGAGGUAUGUGUUGGAGGUUUCAAUUGGCACGGUUGGGGUCCGGCGGGCGGUGAAGGCAAGGUUGCCGCCCGCCGGAAGGUGAAGAUCACCUAGAGCUAACCUAUAGCUCUGAUACCAUGUUAAAAUAAAUUGAUGUAUAUUAUUGAUUGAUGUAUUA